GUGACCUCUGACGUUUACACAGCGCCAACUUGUCGAGUUGUUACUGGUAAAUGCUAGAAAUGAUGAAAUAUCUAGUAAUACGUUUUGCUGACGUUUGAUUAAGAGUUAUAUAAGUGAAACUUUAUGUUUUUUAUCAGGGUUAAAUUGUGCUCACCUGGUUAAACACCGGGCUGACGUUAAAGUUUGCGGUAGCGAAAGUAACUGAACGAGGAAGCGUUUCCAACGAUUGUCAGCGCUGACACCCAACACUUCCUUAUUAAUACAACUAAUAGUCUAGUAGAGGGAGUUUCCGUGCAUCCGAGUCUUUCAAAGCUGAUACUUAGAGAUUGUGUUAUUUUCAGUAUGCGAAACAGACAGAGGGGAUCCCAGCUGGGCUUGCUGCUCCUUGCCUCCCAGGUGUUUCAAUUGGGUCUGAACAAUAUCCCUCCCAUCACUCUGGCUGUCCUGGCUCUCAAUGUGUACCUUUACCUAUUCCCUGCUGCCCCACUGUUUCAGGCCUGUGUUAGUGUGCAGCAGGCCUACUGGUUUAAAGACUGGCGCAGACUCCUGCUGUCCCCACUGCACCAUGCAGACGACUGGCAUCUUUACUUCAACAUGGUGUCCUUCCUCUGGAAAGGUAGAAGGCUGGAGCAACGGCUGGGUGGGCCCUGGUUCCUUUACCUGCUCUCAGUGUUCUCUCUGCUUACUGGACUGGUCUAUCUAGUGUUGGAGGCGUUGCUAACAGAGCUCAUGCAGGACCAGUCGUACAGCAUGGCGUGUGCUGUUGGCUUCUCAGGUGUCCUGUUUGCUUUGAAGGUACUCAAUAACCAUUACUACCCCGGAAGUGUGACCUAUGUGAUGGGAUUAUCUGUGUCUAGUCGCUAUGCUAGCUGGGUAGAGCUGGUGCUUAUCCACAUAACAUCACCCGGGACCUCUUUUGUUGGUCACCUGUCAGGGAUCCUGGUAGGUCUCCUCUACACCACCGGACCACUGAAGAAAAUCAUGAAGAAAUGUGCAGGGUUUGUGACAUCGAAUGGAUAUAACUCACAGCCCGGUGCCUACUACAGAUCUUCGGGCUACUCGGGCUACACUGGCACUGGUAGAGGACUCUCAGGAAACUAUCAGUAUGCACCAGGUUACACAGCAGAUGCAUCUUAUACAGGUGGACUGACAGAGGAGGAGCAGUUAGAGGAAGCCAUCAGAAACAGCCUGAAUGACAGAGGUCAAACCCGGCAGAGAGGAGCCCCCCCUCCUUAUGGUUUCCACCUCUCCGAAGAUGCCAGAGCUGAGCAAAUCAGGCAAAUGAGACUGAGGAGGUUUGACAGAUGAAUGAAACAGCGGCAAGGAAGAAGAAUUUUUUACUGAAAAGUUCCAAAUAUUGCAACUACAAGCUGAGGAUGAGUGUCCUGAAUAAGAAGAUCCAAAAUCACAGGCUGACAUAUUUAAGAGGUCUUUGUUGUGUGGCGCUUUUUGUUAAGGUGGCACUAAAAUGAAUUAAUGUCACCUAUGGAAAAUGGCUGUGAUGCUUUAUAAGAGUUCAAAGGCUAAUGAGCAGUUUUUGAUCUGUCUGAUGACGCUGAAGACAACUUUAGAUGCACGUCGGUAGCAGAGAUUAAAGGUAAUAUUAGUUUUGAAGUAGGUAGCAGACAUGGUAUUAAAAAUGCUGUUUAAUGCUGCUUUACGUCUAUACUUGAGUUGGAGAACUGCAACAAGUCUUACUUAAACACCACUAUAUUUACUCCAGUCGGCUAGUGUUCUUUUUUUCACACAAGCAAUAAAGACGAGACAAGGUUUUGUUUAAAUGGCUACAAAAUGUUUACUGUGAUAUUUCAGCAUAUGUUCAUCAACUUAGAGAUCCAACGACAAGACAAUAGAAUCAGAGCUAUUAUCCGUGUGCUCCAAACUUCGGAAAGCCGUGAUUGUAAAUUCUAAGAGUCUGGAUGAUGAAAUCCACUGACAUCUGAAACAUAAUGUUGCAGGAGCUAUCCUGGAGGUGAGCAAGACUUCUGAUCUCAGUAAGCCUCUACUUGUAUUACUCAACUACAAAAGGCAAAAAUGAAGCUGGUAUUAAAUUUUAAAUUAUGUCUUUUUUUUAAUUUCCCCUAAGAUCCCUUUAAAUUUUUAACAGGCCAGUAUUUUCAAGAAAGUUCAGCAAAGUUCAGCAAAAGAUAUGAACAAUGUGCUCAUGAUGCAUUCGCUCUUCAGUAAAGUUUACUGGUUAUGUCAUGUUUAAGUUCAAGUCAUUUAUCAUUAGAUUGCAAAAAUAUGCCACAUUGGGCCAAAAGUUUCUAAAUUCUUCUUGAUGUUUUUGCUUUCUUUUUUGUUUUCUUGAAGUUUAUAAAUGUUAUAAAUGUUGCUUUUUGGUGCACAAAACAUCUGUUUUCAUGAAUGCUCAGUAUGUCUUUGCAGUCGUACAUUUAUUUACACAUACUGCUCAUUCACUCUUUUGAGUUGAAAUAAUCCAUGUAUACCUACAGCCGAAUUACAUCAUGUAUUAAAUAUUUUUA